GUGUGCCAAAUCCACUGCGUGGCACACAGGAAGGCGUCCGGCAGUCAGCGGAGAACUGGACUUUUUCACAACGUUUUGUGGAGACCAAUAAGACAAAGCACAGCAUCGUCUCUCGUUGGCUCGUCGCUCUCCUUCCCCUUCUCCCCCGGUGAGACUCGGGUCCCCCCGAACCUCGCGCUGCAACCAUGGUGGUCAUGAAGAUGAAGUUCCCCUUUCAAAAACGGGUGAAGCUGGCACAGGGACUGUGGCUCCUGUCCUGGUGUGCCACGGUUGCCGGGGCCACGACCUUUACCCUGGGGUGCCUCCUGAAAACGGAGCUGCGCAGGAGAGCAGAGGUAAUGGCUAACACAGAUAUACAUAUCGUGCCCAACACCCUCAUGAUUGUUGGUCUGGCGUCUUUGGGCAUCAACUACUUUGCCUCAAAGAUCUGUCAGGACGCCUUGGACGCCGGUCGAUUCCCUCGCUGGAAGAACUUCCUGAAGCCCUACUUCGCUGUCUCAUGCUUCUUCACUGUCCUCAUGCUGCUGGCCAUCAUCAUGAGCUAUGCCAUGAAGGGCAGCUUGGAGUCUUCCCUGAAAGCCGGCCUGAGGAACGGCAUCCGCUUCUACAAGGACACGGACACCCCGGGCCGUUGCUUCCAGAAGCAAAACAUCGACCGCUUGCAGAUGGAGUUCCAGUGCUGCGGAAACAAUGACUUCAGGGACUGGUUUGAGAUCCAGUGGAUCAGCAACCGCUACCUUGACUUCAGCUCCACGGAAGUGAAAAACCGCAUCAAGAGCAACGUAGACGGACGCUACCUGGUGGAUGGAGUCCCGUUCAGCUGCUGCAACCCCAGCUCUCCGCGACCGUGCAUCCAGUAUCGCCUGACCAACAACUCAGCUCACUACAACUACGACUACCAAACCGAGGAGCUCAACAUCUACCUUAGAGGCUGCAGAGAGGCACUGGUCAACUACUACAUGGGUUUGAUGAACACCAUUGGAGCUGGAGUGUUGUCCAUCUUCCUCCUACAGGGCUCCGUACUGGUGAGCUUGCGCUUCCUGCAGACCGCCAUGGAAGCAGUGGCAGGGAAGGAGAACACGGAGAUCGAGACCGAAGGGUACUUGCUGGAGAAGGGAGUGAAGGAAACCGUCAUGGAGUACCUGGAUCCUGUGCUCACGUUCCUGCUGCUCAAAAACAAGGUGCAAGAAGGGACAGCCGGAGAGACGACCACUGCGCCCGCCUAAACCGCACACCCUGUAUAGACAUGUAAAUAAUUUUUACAGAGAUCAUUAUUUAUUUCAACAUAAAAAAGGGGCAAUUCGAACAAACAAAUUUCUAUGAAUCUCACAAAAUUAGAAAGUGUUUUUUUUUUUUUAUUGUCAGUUGGACGAUGCCAGAUAUGGUUAUUCAGAAUGGUCUUCAAAUUAAAAUUCCACCCAGGGACCUUGAGUACAAAUUUAAAAAGCACAAAAGUUACAGUAAAAAUAUAAAACCUCAAAGAAUUUUCUAGGAAUAUACAUUGUCCAAAUAAAGUACCACUUUUUAAAAUUCCUUUCUAUUUUUUUCCUGUUGCAAGCUGUACAUGACUGGCAACCCGUCAUUGUUGUACUGUAUUUGUUUGUUGCUUUUGAAAGUGAUCUACCAUUUGCAUUCUUACAGCCGAAAGCAAUAAAGCAGUAUUUGAUGAGGCAGUGUACACAGAGGAUUUUUGUGGACUUAUGAAAACAGAGAUGUAAAGCUGACCGUAGAGAGACAUGAGGCGCAAUGCUCCGCUGCGUAACAGGACUAUGACAUAAUUUAACAGAUGACUUAUUAAAAUUUGAAGUUGCUAAAUGC